AUGAAGCAGAAGACGCUGUUCCAGCACAUGUGGAAGGCGAAGCGGGACACGCGCGGCUACCACGAUGCCAACAUCACCGAGCGUCAGUGGCUGCGCAUGUUCAACCCGCGGCUGCCGACCCUGAACGUCAAGAUGGGCAACAAGCCGUCGCACCCGAACGCCGCCGCGCUGCUGUACGCAGGUAUGGAGCGGCGCCUGGACUUUAUCGUGUUCCGGAGCCACUUUGCCUCGUCGAUCUACAUGGCGCGCCAGAUGGUGAUCCACGGCAAGGUCAAGGUCAAUGGCAAGAAGCUUGCGUACCCGAGCCACACUGUCAAGGAUGGCGAUGUCGUGGCGGUUGAUCCCGAGGCAGUGGUGACUCUGAAGAAGCCUGCCAAUGGAUCGGAGGAGCUGGACUUUGUGCCAGUCCCCUAUAUGCAGCCGUGGAUGUUUGUGCCCGAGUACCUCGAGGUCAACUACAACACCUGCUCGACCGUGUUCUUGCACGAGCCUGUUACCAAGCCGAACGCAACCGAGCUGCCGUCGCCUUAUCCGCCAGAGUUCCACGCACUGGCCUUCAAGUACUACCUCCGCCGCGGACGCAGCAGAGAGUGA